AUGUCUGCAGGACUAGCUAGCGCACCAUUGCAGCCAUACACUACUGCUUCUAAGCUAGAAAGUUCCGUCGAAGAUUUAUCGGCAACUCUGCUUUCAACACACAUAAGCCGGACAUGGUUGGAUCUUUACCCACCAAUUGAAACUACCGAAGAGUCAGCAUUGCCAGCACCUCCAGCACAACCGGUAUCGUCAGCAUGGACAGCGCCCAACUCAAAGCGGACCAUUCGUAUCAACACCAUAAAAGAGAUUCUGACCCAGGAUAUCAAGUCGAGCAUCGAAAUCCGUGAACACUUUCUACGAUUAAAAGAGUGCGGCAGAGAAGUAUGCUUCCUUUGCUCUGCCAAUAACGACCCCUCGGCGAACUGUGGAUCAACAUGUGCACAUCUACGGCCUCAGAUUUCACCUCGCAUGGGAACGUUCAUCAGUUCAUCCUGGCGUACAGAGGCAACUCGGUCAGUGAAGAACUAUCACCGCACCCUCGAGGAGAUUGAGGAACAGGGCAGUCGGGCUCGUAAUUCACAGGUUUUAACGUGGGAAAAAAUCGGUCAAGGUUUGAGGAAAGGCGCACUGAAUCAUUCGGAGAUCAAGGACGAAAAUGGUUGGUCAAAUCAAGUCGGAUACUCAAAGGCGAAAAGAGCGGGAGUGGAAAUCGAGUGGACGUUCGAAAGCGCCUGGGGUACUGAUUUGCCACCGGACGGAGACGUUGCUCCUGACGAGGAUGUUCCUGGUGACAUGACCCAUAGGCCCUUGUGUCGGUAG